ACGGGGACUUCCGCGAUGCUGGCGGCCCGGACCGGGGCAGCAGGGGGCCAUCUCUCCGAAGACAGCAGCAAGUUAAGGAGGCAGUCUGGGUUUCCCGCGGGGGGCAAGGACAAAUCGCCCAAGAAGACCCCCGACAAUGGCAAGGACAGCAGCCUCAGCCCCUCGGGGCCAAGCCAGCUCCGGGCGCGGCAACUGGCAGCGCUGCGAGAAGUGGAGAUGAGCUGGUACCUAAAACUGUGCGACCUGAGCAGCGAGCACGCCGCGGGCGCCACAGGCAUGCCGCACAGGAAUCUUGGAAAAUCAGGACUCAGAGUUUCUUGCUUGGGUCUUGGAACAUGGGUGACAUUUGGAGGUCAGAUUUCAGAUGAGGUCGCUGAACGGCUGAUGACGAUCGCGUACGAGAGUGGCGUUAAUCUCUUCGAUACGGCCGAGGUCUAUGCAGCUGGAAAGGCUGAGGUCAUCUUGGGCAGCAUCAUCAAGAAGAAAGGCUGGAGGAGAUCCAGCCUGGUCAUCACAACCAAACUCUACUGGGGUGGAAAUAGUGUGUGUACUUACUUUUCGUUUUUCCUGCUUCUGCUCCCAGGACUGAAGGGCUCCCUCCAAAGGCUGCAGCUGGAGUAUGUGGACGUCGUCUUUGCAAACCGUCCAGACAGCAACACGCCCAUGGAAGAAAUUGUCCGAGCCAUGACGCAUGUGAUAAACCAAGGCAUGGCGAUGUACUGGGGCACCUCCAGGUGGAGCGCCAUGGAGAUCAUGGAAGCCUAUUCUGUAGCCAGGCAAUUCAAUAUGAUCCCACCCGUGUGUGAACAAGCCGAGUACCAUCUUUUCCAGAGAGAGAAGGUGGAGGUCCAACUGCCAGAGCUCUACCAUAAAAUAGGGGUUGGCGCCAUGACGUGGUCCCCACUUGCCUGCGGAAUCAUCUCAGGGAAAUAUGGAAACGGCGUGCCUGAAAGUUCCAGGGCUUCUCUAAAGUGCUACCAGUGGCUGAAGGAAAGGAUCGUCAGUGAGGAAGGCAGGAAGCAGCAGAACAAGCUGAAGGACCUCUCUCCCAUCGCCGAGCGCCUGGGGUGCACACUGCCUCAGCUUGCAGUCGCGUGGUGCCUGAGGAACGAGGGCGUGAGCUCCGUGCUUCUGGGAUCAUCCACUCCCGAGCAGCUCAUCGAAAACCUCGGUGCCAUUCAGGUUCUCCCAAAGAUGACGUCACAUGUGGUCAAUGAGAUUGAUAACAUACUGCGCAACAAGCCCUACAGCAAAAAGGACUAUAGAUCCUAAGGCAAUGCAUGAGCCACAGAAGCUGCAUGGGUCACAUCACAGUCUGUACCCUGUACAGGAGUUCCUAGCCACUCUUCUGAACCACUUAGCAGCCCGCUGCUCAACCUCUAGCGUCCCUAGAUUGAGGUGUCUGCUGUCGCUGCCACUGUGCACCUGAAUUCCAAGCACAUCAGAAAACUCACAACCAAGAAAAUCCAUUCUAUUUUCUUACCUAGGACUGAAAUCCCUGCCCUGCACUGCUUCUCCGCCUCUUGCUUAGGCCACGGAAAGAGUACUGGGGAAAAAUGAUGUAUCGCUCUCGGGCAUUUGCUAACUUAAAGAAGGCUAUACAAGUAUAUUUUUUCAAGAGAAAACAAUCCAGGUGCAACUGAAUUGCAUAAGAAUCAGGAGAUCUUCAGUCAGAAGUCUUGCUUGGGAGAAAAAGCAGAAACAAUUUUACAUUUAUUCCUCACUUCAUAUUGAUAUGAGCAAGUUUUAUUUCACUUGUCAUAACAAAAAGUUCUAAGCAUUUGCUUUCAUUAUCUUUUAAAUAUUUACUGUAGCCUGGAUCUGUACUAGUUUAUCCAACGUGUCUACUAGAAUUCUAAUUUUAUGUCCAUUCACCCAUAGAGACGGUGGGAAGGUGAGUGCCACACUCUUUAACCAGACGGUGUGGCAAAUCUAUGAAAGGGAGGGACACACUGCUAGGGAAACAGCUUUGAAUAAAAUGUAUCUGCAAUUACA